ACUGAUUCAUGAUUUAAAUGUGUAAUAUGCAUAUCGAUUAUACCGUUAUUUCAUUUCAGACCUUUAGGCAUCCUGCUGUUAAUUGACGCGAUAUCUUUGUAUUUGACCAGACAAAGUAAUAAUUUAGUUUUACUCCCUGACUAGUGAUGCUGGAGUGUGCAGCACCGGGAGUUGAAGAUGCUAAUGUAUGGGGUCUCAUAAGUUUGAAGAAGGGGAAUAAAAAAGCGCAAAGGAAGAUUCUAAAUGAGUUCCACAGAAAAAAUGAAGUGUUGGAUAAAGCUGACGAAAUUCAGGAUGCUAGACAAGCCAGAAGAAUAGCUUUCAGAGGCGUUAAACGACAGCUUAAUCUCUGGAAAGGUCCAGUACACAAAAAUCGGCUUGCUGAGCAAAUAAUAUUUCCAAUAAAUGACAGAGAAAUUGUUAUGUCAGGUUCCCAAGAGGCUGCAAAAAUGAAAGAGCAAGUUUAUAUUAGAGAAACCAUAAAGGACUCGACAAAUUUACAGGGGAAGUUAUAUACUGCUCUGUAUGGAGAUACGGACACAAGUACACCUAAGGGAGAAAUUCCAGACAAGGCAGCAAAAAUGGUUUCUAAGAUGUUGCUGGAGAAGAUUGCUAUGCGUGACAGAGAACGUUUCUUACUUGCUCGAGCUGCCGCUCGCAACAAACGUCAAAACAAGAUUAAGAGUAAACGAUUUCAUCGCCAUUUAAAGGCACGUACAAUGAAGGAAUAUGAGAAAGAAACCGAGUCUUUACGCCUCAAUAAUCCUCGAAAGUUUGCCGAACGACUUCUCAAUGCUGAAUUAAAUAGAGUCAAAGAAAGAGCUAGUUUGAAACACAGAGGUGGUAGCAAAUUCGCAAAAUUACAGAAAUUGAGGGCAAAGUAUGACUCUGAGGCUAGAGCAGCUGUAGCAGACAUGCACGAGUUAUCCCGGGAGACCACACGAAAGGCUGAUCCUGACCUUCUGUCCGAUACUGAUGAAUCUGACGUAUCUAUCUCCUCCGAAUCUGAAGGAGAAUCGGAAGAGUCUGAUUUCAACUUGGACGAUGAUGUUGAUGAAGAAGUACAUGAAGUUCCUCAAACCCUUGGUUGGUGGAAAAAG